AAGAAAUUGAGAAAAAUGAAAAAAGAAUUGCGAGUUUGGUUUGACCGGCGACUGUGAAAAUGAAGUCGUGAAGUUCUAGAAAGAGUAGAGAAAUAAUUUCGUGGUUGGCUGGCUAGCCGUCUGGAGAGAGAGAAACAUCUUUACUCUUUCCGAAGUCAAAGACCAAGAAUUUUCUUUAUCUUCAUUCUUUAAAAGCUCCCAAUUUCUCUUCUUUCUUCUCAUCUUGUUCAUUCUCAUCUUGGAUCCGAUGAAUACAGCGACCUCUAGUGCAGGAUCCGCCGAUCCCAGAAGAAAUUCGAAGCGCCCCAAAUAUUCUAGGUUUACCCAGCAAGAACUGCCCGCCUGCAAGCCAAUUCUGACUCCCCGAUGGGUAAUUUCUGCCUUCAUGCUGGUCAGCAUCGUCUUCAUUCCCAUCGGAAUCGCGUCUCUGUUUGCGUCUCAAGAUGUUGUUGAAAUCAUCGACCGCUACGAGACGGAGUGUAUUCCUCCCCUUAACCGAACCGAUAAGGUUGCUUUUAUUCGAAGCUCUGCUGAUAAAACCUGCACCCGCACCUUGAGAAUUACCAAGCGCAUGAAGCAGCCUAUUUAUGUAUACUAUCAGCUCGACAACUUUUACCAGAAUCAUCGCAGGUACGUAAAGAGCCGAAGCGAUGAGCAGUUGCGAAGCCGAAGUUCUGAGAAUGAAACCAGUACCUGCAAACCCGAAGAUAUUGUGAAUGGGACUGCAGUAGUGCCGUGUGGUCUAAUAGCUUGGAGUUUGUUCAAUGAUACUUAUGUUUUCUCCCUCAAUAACACACAGUUACCAGUGAACAAGAGGGAAAUUUCAUGGAAGAGUGAUAGGGACCACAAAUUCGGCAAAGAUGUCUUUCCUAAAAACUUUCAGAAUGGAGAGCUCAAAGGCGGCGCCACCCUCAAUGAUACUAUACCAUUAAGCCAGCAGGAGGACCUCAUUGUUUGGAUGCGAACUGCAGCUUUGCCUACAUUCAGAAAGCUGUAUGGAAAGAUAGAGAGGGAUCUCCAGCCUAAUGAUGUGAUACUUGUAACAUUGCAGAACCGGUAUAAUACAUACAGUUUUAACGGCAAGAAGAAACUGGUGCUUUCAACUACAAGCUGGCUCGGUGGAAAGAAUGACUUUCUGGGCAUUGCUUAUAUUACUGUUGGGGGUAUCUGCUUCUUUUUGGCCAUGUGUUUCACCGUUGUAUAUCUCAUCAAGCCUCGGCGUCUUGGAGAUCCUUCUUAUUUAUCAUGGAACAGAACUCCUGGGGGUCGCUGAUAAAAGCUUUCAGAAUCACACUUAUGUAUGGUUGAUAAUUUUAUGUGUAUUAAGUUUGUAAGUUUUGAAGUGGAAUAUUUGAGCAUUGUAGUAAAUUGUAUUUGUAACAUAUACAUUAGAAUUGAUUGUGAUAACUUUUGCCACUCUUAAAUUAUCAUACAGAAUCUGCUUUUGCUUGAGACUA